CAACACACAGAAGUGGGAGGGUCGAGUUAAAGAGAGAGAGAGGGGUGGGGGCACAGACAGAGAGAUUUAUCUCCACAGCUGACAGAAAAGCUCCCGUCCCGCACUCGAGUUUGGAGGUGAGAGAGGGACUAAGAGAGGAGAGAAGUUAAAAACUCAGAGAAAGCAGAUAAAUAAAACAGACAAUAUGGACACCUUGGCUUUAGAGGCCACGCAGCCCAAAAAAGCUCAGAACGGAGCCCCAGUGCUCGGGCCCCCCACCCCUGCCAAACGCAAACCUGCUAAAAAGACUAAGAAAGCUGUGGUGUUUUUCGAGGUGGAGAUUCUGGACGCCAAGACGAAGGACAAGCUCUGCUUCCUGGACAAGGUUGAGCCCAAUGCCACCAUCGGGGAAAUCAAGUCCAUGUUCCACAAGAGUCACCCUCAGUGGUAUCCGGCCCGACAGUCCAUUCGUUUAGAUCCCAAGGGGAAAUCACUGAAGGACGAGGACGUGCUGCAGCAUCUGCCUGUGGGAACCACAGCCACCUUCUACUUCAGAGACCUGGGGGCCCAGAUCAGCUGGGUCACAGUGUUUCUGACCGAGUACGCCGGCCCGCUGCUCAUCUAUCUCAUGUUUUACUUCAGAGUCCCCUUUAUUUAUGCUCCUAAAUAUGACUUUACCUCCAGCAAGCACUGGGUUGUGCAUUUGGCGUGCAUGUGUCACUCCUUCCACUACGUGAAGAGACUCCUGGAAACACUGUUCGUCCAUCGCUUCUCACACGGGACCAUGCCUCUGCGCAACAUCUUCAAGAACUGCACAUACUACUGGGGAUUUGCAGCGUGGAUGGCUUACUACAUCAACCACCCUCUGUACACCCCACCCAUCUAUGGAGAGCAGCAGAUCAGACUGGCCCUCAUCGUGUUCUUGUUCUGUCAGAUCGGAAACUUCUCCAUCCACAUUGCCCUGAGAAAUCUUCGACCUCCAGGAUCUAAGACUAGGAAGAUCCCAUAUCCGACUAAAAACCCCUUUACGUGGAUCUUCCUGCUGGUGUCCUGUCCCAACUACACGUAUGAGCUGGGCUCGUGGCUGGGCUUCACUCUGAUGACCCAGUGUCUGCCCGUGGCCUUCUUCACACUGGUGGGCUUCAUUCAGAUGACCGUGUGGGCCAAAGGAAAGCACCGCAGCUACCUGAAGGAGUUUCGUGACUACCCCGCGCUCCGCUCGCCCAUCCUGCCCUUCAUCCUGUAGGACAGAGUCACGCAGUGUUCCCCUCGUCUUUUUAACCUCAUUUUCCCGUCUCGUCCUCCCCUAAUCAUCUCUUUUAUACUGUGUCAUGUCUCUUUCCUGCAUCUGCUCAUCUCUGGGAUCAGACUGAUUCUGAAUAAUAAAGUCAGCUCAGAUCCAGCUUUGCUCUAACGGCUCCAUAUCGCCCUCUGUGGGCUGGAUCAUGUCUAUCAUCUGAGGAAACCUCAUGAAAAUGAUCAUUUUGUAUUUUGAGUGCAUUAGGUGCUAAUGAAAGAGUUUUUGAGAUCUCUGAUGUGCACUGAUAGUUUGAUGGCUGUGACUUUAGUAAAGAUGUUUAGUUCUGCGUGCCACUAACAGGAGGACCUGAAGUAAGCGGUUGAAGACCAGCGACUGUAUUCAGCACUCUAGAGACAAGUGUGAUUGUUAGACUACACCUGAAGCUAAAGGUAACUUAGCGCAGACUGCAGAUGUCAGACCUGUUUUGUUGACCUAACAAUUUAUAUUAAAUAAUAAUAAAAAAAAACACUGUCA